ACAUCAACAUAUAUAACUUUAGUAAUAUAUGGACAUAUUCCUAUAUACCUUAAUGUGAUCUAAUCCAACGGUGAGGUAAGAUUUCAUUUGAUGCUCAUGAAAUAUGCAUAUAGAAUAAUUGCACAGAGCCACAGGUUAAUUUGUGUCUUCUUCUUUUUUUUCAAAAUGGUUUUUUUUUCUUGAGAUUGAGAUUACGGAGGUCCCUCUAUAAAUAGGAGCAGCACUACUAAUCCUUCACUACCUCUCCUCUAAUCUAAUCCCUCUCCCACAAACUCUACUAUUACUGCUAUUAAUCUACUCUCUCAACCCAGCAUUCACUCCUCUCCUUUCUCUCUCUAGCUAGUCCCUUUCUACCUUUCCCAAUUCCACUUGGAUUUUCAUCUGACUUGGGAUACACAUUGUCUAUACAAGUUAUACCUGCUGCAACUUCUUCCCCUUACUCUAUACAGUUUGCAUAUACGAUCAUAUAUAUAUAUAUAUAUAGAGAGAGAGAGAGAGAUGUAUGUGGCGGUGGUGGUGGUGCGAGAAUACGAUGCGAAAACAGAUAGCAGAGCAGUGGAGGAAGUGGAGAAUAGGUGCGAGGUGGGGCCCAGCGGAAAACUCUCUCUCUACACCCACCUCUUGGGCGACCCCGUUUGUCGAGUCCGCCAUUCUCCGGCUUCUCUCAUGCUGGUGGCGGAGAUGACGGUGGGUGGCGGCGGAGACGAUAAGGAUAAGAGAGAGAUAGUGGGGAUGAUUAGAGGUUGCAUCAAAACCGUUACGUGCGGAAGCAAGGUCUCUAGAAAUGGCAAAAACUGCCCCACUCUCCCUCUCCCUCUCCCUCUCUACACCAAACUUGCCUACAUUUUAGGCCUCCGUGUUUCUCCUUCUCAUCGGAGGAUGGGAAUUGGGCUGAAAUUAGUGCAAAAAAUGGAAGAGUGGUUUGUCGAUAAUGGCGCUGAAUAUUCAUACAUGGCUACCGAAAAAGACAAUCUGCCGUCUCUCGAACUCUUCACCGGCAAAUGCGGCUACUCCCAAUUCCGCACGCCGGCGAUCUUAGUCCAACCCGUUUACGCGCACCGGGUCAGGGUCAGCAAGAAAGCUACCAUCAUCAAGCUCAGCCCCGCCGACGCUGAGGCUCUCUACCGCCGCCGCUUCGCCACCACCGAGUUCUUCCCGCGCGACAUCGACGCGAUCCUCAACAACAAGCUCUGCCUCGGCACCUUCCUCGCCGUGCCGGUCGGGUCAUGGUCGGGUCCGGACGGGUUUCUGGGCGGGUCGUGGGCCGUGAUCAGCGUGUGGAACUGCAUGGAAGUGUUCAGGCUCGAGGUCCGCGGCGCGUCGCGCGUGCGGAGGGCGCUGGCGGCGGGCACACGGGCCGUGGACCGCGCCUUACCUUGGCUGCGGCUGCCGUCGGUGCCGGAAGUAUUCAGGCCUUUCGGGUUUCAUUUCUUGUUCGGGCUGGGCGGGGAUGGCCCGGAUGCGGCGGGGUACGUGAGGGCGCUCUGCGGGCGGGCCCAUAACCUGGCGAGGGAGCGCGGCUGCGGCGUGGUGGUGACGGAGGUGGCGAAGCGGGAGCCGCUCAGGUUAGGGAUUCCGCAUUGGAAGAGGCUAUCGUGCGCCGAGGAUUUGUGGUGCAUUAAGAGGCUCGGGGAAGACUACAGUGAGGGGUGCGUGGGUGACUGGACUAAGUCACCGCCCGGUAUGUCUAUUUUUGUUGAUCCCAGAGACUUCUAAUUCAACGGAUUUAAGCAUAAACAAGUAACCUAAACUUAGCAAAACAAGAAGAUAUGAAUUGUGGUGUUGUAAUUGCUGUAAAUGGGAUUCAUCCACACACCCCACUCCUUUGUUGUUUAUUUUUCUCAACAUCCUUAUUGCACCCACACAAAUGCAAUUUUUAUGUACAUUACUACAACAGCAACAGCCUGAUUUUUUAUCAUCAACUACUACAAAUUUCGGGCACUGAUAUGAUAUCAAAGUAUUUAUAAAGGCUUCAACAAGUAUAUUUUUCAA